AUGCGGUGUCCCACAGUAUCUACUCCUCUCCUCUUCUUCUUCUUCUUCUUCUUCCUCCUCGUUCUGUCGUCGACCAUGUCGAACAUAUCGACCAUGGCAUCUCCGUUUUCCGGGCACGAGCACGAGCACGAGCACGCAAUGGUCCAAGGGCCACCUCUCGAGAAGCGGGCGGUGCCGCCUCCACCGACCGACGCGACGUUUAAAAACACGGUCCUGGCCCGGGUCAAUGCCUAUCGGGCCUUGCACUCUGCGCCGGCCGUGACGUGGGACAAUGCACUUGCGCAGGCGGCCAAGACGGCGGCGACGAGGUGUAGUCCGGUGCAUACGGUGUGUUUCUUUUCCAUCUCCUUUUGGGUGGCUUUGGCGGUUUAUAUUCAGCUACACGCACACUCCCUAUCUCUCUCAUAUACACCACAGAGGUGGAUACAUACAUCUACCUACAUAACAUUGCCCGUCAAAGACUCUUCCUUGAAACCUCUUCCCCCCUCAACCUAUCCCAUCAUAUCCCAUCAUAUCCUUUUACUGACCUCCUUCCUCCCCACCCCCACCCCUUCGGGUGGAAAUCGGGAGGAGAACAAGCCCAACAACCCCUACGGCGAAAACAUCUACUCGUUCUACCUGACCCCUCCCAGCACCGUCCCCAACUUCACGCUGUGGCUGAAAAAGGGUCUGGACUGGUGGUACGGCGAGGUGCGCGACUACUACUCGUGGGCGGCGGACCACUCGGGCCAGUACCACUUCACGCAGCUGGUGUGGAAGGCCACGACCAAGAUCGGGUGCUCGUGGUCGGCGAACCAGUGUGCCACGGCCCACGGCGAUUACUACCUGGUGUGUGAGUUUCAGCCCAAGGGGAACAUUGCGGGCCAGUUUGGCGGGAAUGUCUUGGAUGCGUGA